AUGCUGAAAAUCAUUUUGGAAGAAGUAAUUAUGCGGAUAGAGAGGCUAGAAAAUACUAAAUUGAACGGAGUAAACUUAUUCAAAGCAAUUAAUGAACACGCUCUUUCAUUGUACAAUUAUUACAUCGGACUAGUUGAUAUUGAGCCAUUUGAAUUCGAAAUGGUAGACGAUACAAUCCGAUCAAAAUUAACUGAAUACAGAAUACACCUCCGACCAGCAAACAAACAGAGAUUAUAUCUUCCUCGUAAGAAUUUUGGGAGAGGAUUACGCUCAAUUUCUUUUCUAAGUGAAAGUAUGCUCCUUGGACUCCUUUUGGACUUAAAACGCAGAAGUGGUGCUUGCAAAAGAAGCUUCUCGAUUCUUCAUGCCGAAAUGUUGGAAAAAACUCAUCUGGCCACUAUUGAAGAAUACUUGAAGCACAAAUAUUCUUUGGAAGAUUCACUUUUACUGGAAAAAAAACUGUUGUCAGAUGCGCAGAACAAACGCCUACUGGAUCAGACCUUUUCAAAAAGUCUUUACUCAAUUCUCUAUAAAAAUUCUAAGGAAGAUUUCGUGAAGGUUGAAGAUUUCAGUCACUGGCUAGCCAGAGGCAAUGAUUCACCACGGUCAGAAGGCUUGUUCUGUCUUCUACAGGAUAAAAAUUUAUUCUUUGCAGACCACAAUUUAAUGUGUCCACACUGUAUGAAAUGGAAGAAGACUGUCGACCACUGUGCUACCAGAUGUGAAAAGAUGCUGCAUGGGGACUAUGUUAGAAGGCAUAAUGAAGUAGUGAGGUGUAUUUAUUUAUGCCGAGAAUUCGGACUCAAGAAUGAGAAGAAGCUGAAAAUUCACUCUGUACAAACUGUGUCUGUUAAUGAGUUUGUCGAAAUCAAAGUGGACACCUUCAUUAAAACAGACAUAAUACUAGAACAUAACAAACCCGAUUUGUUUGUCUUUGACAAGAAGAACAACCGGAUAUUCCUGAUUGAGGUUGGGAUAACAUCUUCCCCAAACCUACAACAAGUGGAGGUAGAAAAACUUAGAAAGUAUGACCUUCUAUCAAAAGAACUGGAGUUGAUAUAUCAUGCCAAUGUGAAAAUAGUACCGAUUGUAUUAACUUGGGACGGACUUGUCACUUCAAAAUUCCAACAGUAUGCACAAUCGUUGAACAUCAAUGAGAGAACACAUGCGUAUAUACAAUCACUCACUAUCAAAAAAACCCUUGAGAGCAUGAUUGUUUCCUAUAGGAACAGAAUUGAGCCAUGCCAAAGGACUCUCGAACUGGACAAAAGAAUAAAAGUUAUUUAUCGACAAAUAGAUAUGACCAUAGCACUUCCCAAGGAAAGAGGCUGGCAUCCUUACCUGAGGGAAUAUCAGAAUAGAGGAAGUAAUGAACAGAUUGAGAAAAUUAUACUUUAA